UAUACGAGAUCGAAAGGGCACCUGUGGAAACAGGCAAACCAAGAUAGCUGAGAGGGCUACCUCUUCGUAUAUUUUUCGUGCAAUAAUUGCGAUUAAGGGCUGAUCAAUCCGGCCUCAUGGCAGAAAUCAGGCAAAGAAAUGUGACAAGUGCAGAGCAGCCGAGAGAGGCCCCGCCCGAUGCUGCUGGCAAGCGGGAGGAGGAGGAGGAGGAGCCGGCGUUGCCCCCAGAUCUGUCCGGAGAUAAGCUAGCCCAAGCCUCCGACAAGACAACCGAAGCUCUCGAUUCAGCCCUCAAAGAUCUCACUCCAAGAUGGAGGAACUGGGUGAUACGAGGUAUUUUCACAUGGUUGAUGAUCUUCGCAUUUGCAUUCAUCAUCUACCUUGGACCUCUCGCGCUGGUUCUAUUGAUAAUGGGAAUCCAGAUAAAAUGCUUCCACGAAAUCAUCAACAUUGGCUAUGUGGUGUACAAGUCCUAUGAGUUGCCAUGGUUUCGUACGCUCAGUUGGUACUUCCUGUUUGCUUCCAACUACUUCUUCUAUGGCGAGAGUCUGAUUGAGUACUUCGGAGUCCUCCUGUCGAGAACUGAAUUCCUGAGUGCGUUUGUGACGUACCAUCGGUUCAUCUCAUUCUCCCUGUAUGUCGCCGGGUUUGUUGGCUUCGUCUUCAGUCUCGUCAAGAAACACUACCUCAAGCAGUUCACACUGUUCGGCUGGACCCACGUGACGCUGCUGAUUGUAGUCACCCAGUCCCACCUCAUCAUCCAGAACGUAUUUGAAGGCCUUGUAUGGCUGCUCGUCCCUGUGUCGAUGAUCAUCUGCAACGAUAUCAUGGCCUACAUGUUCGGGUUUUUCUUUGGAAAAACUCCUCUCAUUAAACUGUCGCCCAAGAAGACAUGGGAGGGCUUCAUAGGUGGCGCUCUCUCCACCAUCAUUUUCGGCAUCAUUUUGUCAUAUGGACUGGUGCAGUUUGACUUCUUCGUGUGCCCCAUCCACUACGACGAUGUGAAGGGGGCGCUGUCGAUGGAGUGCGAGAGGAAUCCUGUCUUCAGGGUCACCGAGUACAACCUGCCAGAAACCAUCCAAGGACUCUUUGCACUGGCACGGAUCCCAUGGUCCAGCAUCAAGAUCUACCCCUUCAUCCUCCAUUCCACUGCACUUUCCAUGUUCGCCUCCGUCAUCGGGCCUUUCGGGGGAUUCUUUGCCAGCGGCUUUAAGAGGGCUUUCAAAAUCAAGGACUUUGGUGACACGAUCCCUGGUCAUGGCGGCAUCAUGGACAGGUUCGACUGUCAGUUCCUUAUGGCUACAUUUGUUCACGUCUACCACUUCAGUUUUAUCAGAAUCCCUAACCCGCAGAAGUUGCUGCAGCAUGUGUUGAUGCUGAAGCCGCACGAGCAGCUGCAGGUGUUCAACUUGCUGCGGGAUCGACUUGCGGAACGCGGAAUCCUCAACGCCACACAGCUAUUGUGAUCCUAGCCUCACCAUGUUGUUAUUUAUUGGUUCAUAAUAUAUACAAGUGUCUCAUGAGUUGGAUUUGGAGGAAUUUACAAACACAACCUUUUUGUGAAGAUUUAUGUACUGGUAAUUGAUUUAUAUAUCUUUAAUAAAUUGGAUGAUACGAUUCUUGCGAAAUGUAAAUAAAUGUCAUCAAAAUUCAAUAAAGUUAGAAGAAAAUAUUAAUUUAAUCCAGUAAACAUGAUUUAUCUGAGAUUUAAAUCCUCAUGUAAGGUUGUAAGGAUGCAUCUGGGUGGUUUGUUCUGAGAUCCCAUCAUUGAACACUUGUUUCAUCAAUCAUAAAGUUUAUUGUUGUUUUAGUAUGGGAUGAAAGUCGGUGAAAGAGUAGUUUUAUGUGAAGAAAAUUUAUACAGAAAUAGAAUUUUUAACUAAUGGUUGAAAUCUCAAUUGCAAACUGAUGCUGUUUUCUUUCCUGAAUUGUACAUAUUAGAAAAUGUGGAAACAACUGGUUCUAUUUCUGUAUGAGUUAACGUAUGUUAGAUUUUAUCACAACAUGUCCAUAUUGAAUGUUCUGGUAUGGUUACGAGGGGGAUUGUGUGUGGUGUUGUGACUGUCUAGGGAAAUAGUAGCAGACAGGAGUAGAUAUGUGAUUAAUGUUGUAAAGGCAAAAGGCUUUCACACAGAUAAAUAUUCUACUCAAAAGAAGUUAAAGAACAUCUGUCUUAUUCAUAUGACCAUAGUUAAUCUGUCAUGGCCAUGACAUAUUAACUAUAGUCAGACGAAUAAAUUGGGUCUAACUUAACUUUUUUUGAGUAAUAUAUGUAAUAUUUUCAUAAAUAUCUACAUAAUGAAUGCAUGUAUCACAAAGACAAAUAUCAUGGCAUUUAUGAUCUUCAAAUAUUGUUUGAUUCCAACGAACAACUUUAUUACACAUUGUUGUGUAUGUUGAUUUUAGGGCAAGAUAAAGUGAUCAAAUAAUGGAACACAUGGUCACUUGAACUAUCACAAAUAGGUCAGUGAUUUUCUGUCAGAUAUGUGUUACCUUCAACCAAACCUACUACUUAGACUUAUUGCUGUUAUACCUUUGUAGUUUCCCAAGGAAUGUGACAUGUCUGGGGAAUGUAGGGAAGCUCUUCAUGUUGACGAGGCUAUAUUGUGAUGGGGUCUGAGUUACUUCCCUUUGAAUAAACUUCACACUGAUAAUAUGGUGGGUUUGACGGUUAGUUUAAGAUAUUGCAUUAAUUAAAUACAGGUGUAAUACAAAUUGUAUCCUAUUGACUUUGAAGGCAUUCAGUAUAUCUUUGAGUGUUCGUGAAGAAGAUCAUGUAAGCGACUAGUUUAUUCGACUUGCAGGCAAACUGGGUUUUGUGUUUUCUUGUGUACUAGCUCCUCUCCAUCUUCCAGAGGAUAAAUCCAGAUGCAAAUUAAAGUGAUUUGUGACCUCGUGAUAAGUAAACAUGAUUAGGAGGUCUGGGAUUAAGGAAAGUUCUUUCUUCAGAACGCUACAUGAUUUGAUCAGACCAAAUACAAGCAGAGAAGAAAGAUGUUAUUAUCCUUUGUUUUCACCCAUUGUCCUGUUUAGUUAUGCCUUUUGAUCAUUUAACAGCCAUGCAGAAGUAGGUGGUAUAAAUUGUCAACAGUUGAAAUGAAAUAUGAUUUGUGAUCAUGGUGAUUUGGCAUUCAAUAUUUUCGUUCAGUUGGCAAGAUAUUUUACUUGAAAAAAACUACUUUGCUUUUUGACUGAGUUUUGGAGAGUUGUCCCCCUUGUUCAGUUUCAUUAUCUCCCUUUCUUAGCAGUCAUGGGGAACAGUUACUGCCAGCUGUGUGGCAAUUCUUCGAACUGUCAGAAGAUAAAACAAUAACUAAAUGCCAAUUUGCUCCAUUCAAAUCGCUUCUGAGGGUGGCACAACCUCUGCAAGGAGGAAUCACCUGAGACUGAAAUUUUCGGUUUGCCAGGGCUAUGGUAAAAGAAAUUCCCAAUCAGACAUUUUGUACCGGUAUCUCUUGAGACCAACAGUGGGUACCCGGGUAGGGUCGGGUAAUAGGGUUGUGUGUACCCGGGUAGUAAAUUUGGACUUGUCCCAGCCCUAAUUGGAAACUACUGCAUCUUCUUCAACUGCUGGUGGCAAGACUACAUCAGCUCUGCUUUGCAUGGCUUUCUUAGAAAUGUAGAUUCUACUGGCUCUAUAAAGUUGUAUUUAUUUCAAAUUUGGUUUUAAAAGUUCUUAUGUUGUAUCAUCUGUGAAGCAACAAUAUGUAACACAAAAUAAAAUAACUUUGAUCUUUGAAAAAUGUAAGGAGGAACAACCCACAUUAUUCAUGAUAAUGUUUAAAGGUAUAUUACCAUGUUUGAAAUUCUACAAAUUACAUUUUCGGUGAAUUGAGUAUUUUUGGAAAAAUCUUUUACCAGCUUUGAGAAGGUUUUAUGCAACCUUGUUAUUGACAAACACAUAUUGCUUAUCACCUGAAAGUGUUAGGUGCUAAAAUAGUAACAAGGCCAAAUUAGGAGGGUAGAUUUUUAAAGUUAUCGGAUUGAUUGCAAGGCAAGGUUUAUCAAACCAAUAUUUCAGUUUCAGAAGUCAUAAAGACAUAUGUGAUAUUCUUCAAUUACUGAGAUUUUGAGAAUGUUUUUCAUAGAAUUUCAUUAAAUAUAUGUACUUCCCGUUAAACCAAACUGUAAUUCAUGUAAUUCAUGUUUUCCCCAAGUCUUCUGAUGUAACCAUAGUAACCUGCUUGCCUCUUUCUGGCUCCAUCCUGCAUUCAUCUGUCAUCAAGUGCACAUUUCAGUCAUCUGAAGAUUUCUUAUUUUAUGAGUAAAAUUACAAUUAUUUUUUCUUGCGUUUUAUUUUUAUUGUUCACAUAUUCAGCUUUUACAAGUUUCUUAUUGUCUAAUGUGAUACGAUGCCAGCUGGGCUCUUGAGAGUCCCCAGUAGCGGCAAACCACAGCCCCCUCAGAGAAUGGGGAAGGGUUGUUGGAAGGCAAAUAGAAUGUGAAAAUGGAAUUAAAUAUUGUGUGCUAGCUUGUAAUUUUUUGGUCAUCAGUAUUCAUCAACUUUUCAUUACUGAUAAAAAAUGAAGCAAAGUAUAAUUUCAGACAUUUUGGCCAAAUUUGGGAAAAUAUUCCAAGCAGCAGAGGUCUAUGCGCACAGGUAUCAAAACUGAUAUCGUGACUGUUCUCGCAAAAUUCCUAGCAAUUGUAACUCUAAUGUUGCCAACAAUUGUAAAUUGCCUCAGCUAUGCCCCAGUUAUACGCGGAUUUGCAGUAUCUGAUACUAUUAUUUGAUAAUGAUAACAAUUAUCUCAGUAAUUUGUCGUGAUCCUGGUCUAGACUUAAUAGCCAAUAGACAAGCACACUGUCAUGUUUGUUUGUAAACAAGGAAAGUAGUACCUACCUGACCUUUCUUAUUUGCAUAUUUAUCCUUAAAUGAUCCCAAUAAAUACUGUUUUUAUUUGUUGGCUGUAUCCUGCCAAGAAAUCUACCCAUUUUAUAAGACAGGAUAUGUAUAUAUAAAAGAAUUAUGAAUAUGCAACUGACUCACUUGAUGAAACAUUUAAUCUUUCUCCAUGGUUACUGAUGCAGUUGCAGGAUGCCAGUGAGUGACUUCAUCAGACCCAGGCAACAAUAAAGAAGCAUUGGUUCAAGGCAACCCAAGAUGCUCAUGCUAUCAACCACUGGUUUAUCACCAUUAUAUACAGGCUUCUGUGUAAAACUUGACUUACUCUCCGAUGUCAGUACCAGAAUUUGUAUGAAUAGGUCUUCAGUAACAAGGAUAGCACAGCAAAUUUUACCUCAUUUUUUUUUAUCAUAGUACUGGCCUAGUUUGAGGAAACGGCAGUGAGAGUGGUGCUCUUGACUAGGAAGUAGUUACCUCAACUAAACAGCGGGACACAUGCAUUAUACCGGACACCUAUCCGCCAUGUUUGUUUGAUGCUUCUAAUAAAGCCACAUGCAACAGCAUCACUUUUUGAAAAAUAGGGCGAUAAAGCUCAAAAUAAGCAGAAAAUGGCCCUGCUUGUAUUUGUAUGGUUUAAUAUGAUUAAACCUUAGAAUUGAAUAUCAAAGCUAUGCAUAAACGUCAAAAAUUGGACAUCAACAUCGAAAAAGCACUUGAAAAUAGAAGUUCAAUCAUGGCGUGCGAUAACCUUAUCAGUCACAUCCCUGGAGCGAACACGUUAUAGUUUGUAUCUACUUUGGUAAUUAAACAUUUCAUUUACUUACGAAAGCAUUUAAUUCAGGCCGUUGAGUAGGGGCCAAGCUCCCCAAACCCCUUGUUAUCUAACAAGGGGACAAAAUGGCAUCUAAAAAAACGUUACUAAGGAAUGAGCUCAUGCACAUCCCUUACCAAAAUGGCGGAAGGUGUCCGGUAUACUGCAUUCUUCCCGAAACAGCCGUUUUUGUGCCCAGAUGAAAAUAUCACUUAAUCAAGUUUCAUCAAUGUAAAACAAUGACCAUUAAACACUACCCACUUAACCAGCCAGCUAUUUGGUAGUGAUGGCAACAGGGGAGAUAACAAUGUGAGAGAGAAAUCACUGCCAUUUUGUCAUUCAAUUUCGAAGGGAAUCAUCAUUUGUGAAUGCACAUCUGUGUAUAUUUUAGGUUAAAUUAUACAAGUAAUAACAAAACAUGUUAUAUAUUCAUGAAAACACAAUUCUCUUAUUGAUAUAAUCCGAACAUCUACCAUAUUUGCUGUGUAAAGCGCCCUGCUCCAAAAAGCGCCACCAGACCAAGUUCUAGAGGAAAGUACUAAUUCGACGUAAUAAGCGCCCCGCUCUAAUAAGCGCCCACGGCGAUAUUUGCUAAUAUAUUGGCUAGGGAACAAUCCCAGUUAGCACCCCUUCUGAUUAAUCAAGGUGCACAAGACUUAUUUA